ACUUUAUCCAGUAACGUUGCUUAGUUAAGACCAAGUGGUAUUUGAAAAAAAAAAAAUCACAAAAUAUAUUUUUGUUUAACAAAUUAUUAUCAAUUUGCAAAGGUUAUAUAAAAAAAGCAAAUUUGUUUAAUUUUCUUCAAAAUACUGUCAAAUACUUCUGAUAUAGAGCAAUUGAAUAAGUUUUCUUGUGGCGGUUAUAGUGAUGAAACUACUAUAGUUUAUUUAGUACAUCCUUGUCAUAUUUUAUCUGCUUUGGAGAUUUUAGGUUUUCGCGUUGUAGCAUCCUCCUCCACAGCCGUAAAACAAGAUUAUAACGAGUAUAUGUGGACCAUGCGUAAAGAGUUUACCGAACCUGAACCACUAGAACCGAAUCAGCCGUUGUAAGAGAAAAUCUUUCGAAUAUAGGAAGAGAAGCAGCUAGUUUAGGCAACUAUCAUAAAGUGCACUCUCCCGAAUAAAUUGGAAAGUACUUAUCGAAAACUACUUUUUUUGUACCAUUUUUCUACUCUCUAAUCUCUAACCAACCCUUGUCCUCAAACUCCAAAGCCAAGUUUGUUACCAAAAGCAAAAAAAAAAAGGAAAUCUUUCGAAAUAAUACACAACAAAAAUAAAUUUUCUGGUUAAAAAAUUAAAUUGUUAAUUACUCUUUUUCUCCACCUACAUUAAAAGAGUAGUGAAAAGAGUGUAAUUAUUUACCUUUAAAUGGAAAUGGAAUCUGAUCAAACUAACAUUACUAAUAAUACCACCACAACAACUUUAACCGCAAAUCCCAGUGUUAAUCCUCCAAAUAUACAACAACUUGCAUCUGGCAAUUCGGUAACAAAUACAGCCCCAGCGACUACAGCUAAUGUAGUUACUAUUCCUGUACCCAUUGUAAAUAACGAAGGCACUUAUGCUUAUAUAACCGUUAAAGGUUCUUUACAUGAUCGUUCUUGUUCUGUUUUUGGUUUGAAUGACACUGAAAUACAGGCGCUAUCGAAACGUUUCGAAAACAGUGUUAAGCCCGUAGUGAAUGGUGUUAUGGUAUCAGCCUCUCCUCUUGUUAUGCUAAAUACCUUGGCACAAUUGAGCUAUAAAGUUGUUUGCAGUUGUGGAGAAGCUGAAAUCUGUUGGACUAUGCAACGUGAAAUCUAAUAAAAAUUAUAAAAUAAUAAAAAAGGAAAACGAAAAGGACAUUGAAAAAAAUAUUAAUAAUAAAUAUUCUAUUACAUUUCUCUCAAUAUUAAGAGCACUUAUACGUGUAACGUGUAAAUUCUAAAGACACUUAAAAAAAAAACUAUUUAAAUUUUCUUCUUUAUAAAAAAAAAUAAAAUUUUUAUUAACAAAAAAUUAAAGUCAUUUAAACAACAAAAUGGAUCGUCAUAAAGCUGAUUGUUGCAAAUGCCACAAGUAUGUGCAACCAGCCCAGCAAUCAUUAAGCGAUAUGGAUUUUGAUCGUGGUAUUUGGAAUGCAGUUAUUUACAACGAAGUUGAACGCGUUAAAGACUUUAUAGCCAAAGGCAAAACAAUGGAUCGUGAUAAUUGUGAUUACACGGCCUUACAUUAUGCGGCGCGUAAUGGUAAUGUCGAAAUUUGUAAAUUACUUUUGCAAGAAGGGAAAGCUGAUAUCAAUGCUGUUACCAAAGGAGGGGCAACAGCAUUACAUCGUGCUGCUAUGAUGGGUCAUCUAAAUGUCGUUAAACUCCUCAUUGACUCUAAAGCCAAUAUCGAGUUAAAGGAUGAAGAUGGCCAGACAGCUUUACAUCGUUCAGCGGCUCGUGGUCAUUUAGAUGUUAGUAAACUUUUAAUCGAAAAACAA